UCAAAAUAAAUAAUUGAAAAAUCAAAGAAUCUUAAAAAAAACAACAGAACCCCCAAAAAAAGGAAUAACUUGCCGCUCCUGGUAAAAAAAUUAAAAAACUACACAAAAAUGGCCAAAUUCCCACGAAAUACCCCACCAGCCAGCCAUUUUUUGGCCCUCUUCCUGAUAUUCCUAAGCCUCAAUUCAUCGCCCACCUCUGCGGUGCAUCGCUACGAUCAAUCAUCCUCCAUCGAAUCGAGUAAUCCCUAUUAUCGCACCUCCAGUUCCGGAGAGGUUGUGGGCUCCACUUCUAUGUCGGGAGAUGAUGCCUUCCCCCACCACAAUCGCUGUGAACCCAUAACCAUUUCGAUUUGUAAAAACAUACCCUACAAUCGGACAAUAAUGCCUAAUUUAAUAGGGCACACCAAACAAGAGGAAGCCGGUCUAGAGGUGACACAAUUUGUACCCUUGGUCAAAAUCGGCUGCAGUCCUGACCUACAGCUAUUCCUUUGCUCGCUUUAUGUACCGGUUUGCACAAUACUCGAUCAACCCAUACCGCCGUGUCGUUCAUUGUGUGAAUCGGCCCGGGUUUGUGAGACCCUAAUGAGAAAUUAUAAUUUCAAUUGGCCCGAAAAUUUGGAAUGUUCAAAAUUUCCCGAACAUGGCGGAGAGGCGCUGUGUGUGGCGGAAAAUUCAACGGCCUCCACCCCACCUCCGACGAGGAUAUCGAAAAAGGUUACAACACGCAAAAAUUAUGCCGGCAUGGAUAGCCCUCAUCCGCAUCGAGAUAUUGGCUUUGUUUGCCCCAUGCAAAUGCAGACACCACCCGAUAUGGGCUACUCGCUGAAAGUUGGAGGAAAGGAAAAACUCCACUGUGGUGCUCCCUGUCAUGCCAUGUUCUUCCCCGAAAAAGAACGCACUGUUCUCAGGUAUUGGGUUGGUUCAUGGGCUGCGGUUUGCGUUGCCAGCUGUUUAUUUACGGUCCUCACUUUCCUGAUUGACUCCUCCCGCUUCCGUUACCCUGAGCGAGCCAUUGUAUUCCUGGCCGUCUGCUAUUUGGUUGUGGGCUGUGCCUAUGUGGCCGGCUUGGGAGCCGGGGAUUCGGUGGCCUGUCGGGAACCCUUCCCACCGCCAGUCAAACUGGGACGUUUGCAAAUGAUGUCCACCAUAACACAGGGUCAUCGCCAGUCAACGGCCUGUGCCAUUCUAUUCAUGGCUUUGUAUUUCUGCUGUAUGGCCGCCUUUGCCUGGUGGUCAUGUUUGGCAUUUGCCUGGUUUUUGGCGGCCGGCCUAAAAUGGGGUCAUGAAGCCAUUGAAAAUAAAUCACAUCUCUUUCAUUUGGUCGCCUGGGCCAUACCGGCACUGCAAACAAUUUCCGUAUUGGCAUUGGCCAAAGUUGAAGGUGACAUUUUAUCGGGCGUCUGUUUCGUCGGCCAACUGGACACCCACUCUCUAGGGGUAUUUCUCAUCCUACCUCUGUGCAUUUAUCUCUCGAUUGGAGCCCUAUUCUUGCUGGCCGGCUUUAUAUCCCUUUUCCGUAUACGUACCGUUAUGAAGACGGAUGGCAAACGUACCGACAAGCUGGAACGCCUUAUGAUGCGCAUUGGAUUCUUCUCGGGUCUCUUUAUCCUCCCAGCCCUGGGCUACUUGGGUUGUCUCUUCUACGAGUAUUAUUUCUUCGAUGAAUGGAUGGUCCAAUGGCAUCGUGACAUUUGCCGUCCCUUCUCAAUACCCUGUCCCCUACCAAGGCCCGACGGGUCUGAGUCGCGGCCUAUUUUUCAAAUAUAUAUGGUCAAGUAUUUGUGUUCAAUGUUGGUGGGUGUCACCUCUAGUGUGUGGCUGUAUUCGAGUAAGACGGUGGUGAGUUGGCGUAAUUUUGUCGAGAAGCUGCAGGGGAAGGAGACGCGGACAAGAGGUCAGGCGUAUGUGUAAAAAACUAAGAAACCACAAAAAUUAGUUGAUAAGGAUAAUUUAAUGAUAAGAAAAUAUGCUAUGAAUAGUUUUUUUGUUGUUGUAAUAAUUUGUAAAAUAUUUUUUUAAAAAAUUACACACACACACACAGAUACAGACAGACAGCAGAAGCAACAACUUACCUAGAAAUGUAACACAAAGCAAUUGAGUGCUCAAAUUUAGAGUUUAGAAAUCUUUAUUUUCAAUAGACGUAACGCGAGUAGUACCACAUGUGGUUGGUAGACCACAGUAUACUCAAGAAUACAAGGCGUAGGGACGAAAAUUGUAAGAGAAUCUAAAAAUUGUUGCAAUUUUUUCCCUAGGUCUCCAAAAUUAAACCAAAUCACAGAAAAAUUUAACACAAAUAAAAUAUUUGCACACAAGAUAUGGAAUUUCCAAAACUAGAAUUUCUCCAAAAAUUCACAAUUUUCCGUUUCGAAAUAUCAAUUCAUUUGGCUUCAAAAAUUGCAAUUUAAAGUUAGCAUAAAUGGGAGCGUAUUAGUAAUAUUAAUACCAAAGCCAAUUGGGCGUAUGAUGAGUAAUUUAUUUUUUGACAUAUCUGUUACUUAUACGCCCCCCUUUGAUAAUAUGAAUAUUUUCCCCCCAAUAUAAGGUUAUUUUUCUCCAAUCAAAAUGUUUUCCUAUCCUGAAAUCCGAAAUUACCUUCCUAUUUUUAGAAACUAGAGUUCCUAUGGAACCUCUCUCAAUUUACCUUUUUGAAAUAUCAUUUCAUUUGGCUCCGGAAAUCGCAUUUUAAGGCAUGCAUAUAGGGGCGUAUUAGUAAUAUUAAUAUCCACCGAUACUUUGGCGUAUGACCGAUAUUAUAUUCUAAUAUUUUUAUUGUUCAUACGCCACACACUAUGUCUCUCUAAGAGGAUUUUAAACUACAGCGAACCACCAAAAGAAAUAUUUAUAAAAAUUUUCUUCAAAACUUAGUUUUCCUUAAAAACUUCAUCCAGACUUUAAUGUGCUCUGUCGAACCUAAAAAUCUUUGCGGAUCAAUAUGAUUAUAAUAUUUUCUGAAACUGAAUUUCUUGGUAAGUAAAUCCCUAUUUACCGUUAGCAGAUAUCAAUUCAUUGAAGCUGAAUAAUGCCAAGUCUAAUGGGAGCCUAUAAGUAAUAUAAAUCAAAAGUACCAUGUUGCGUAUGUUUACAGUUUUUCAAUAUCAGGUAACUGGACCGGAAAAAUGCACCUAGAACUAACUUGCUUAGAGGAAAGGAGAACAUUAUACUCACAAAACUUCAAAGUGAUUUUCUGAGUUUCAGUGAAUUGAUCCGGAAGAACUCCUAAAGGAGAUUUGUUAGCUCGAUUAGUCCCCUAUUAAUGGAUAUGUAAUUUGGCUAGCAGUUCAACAAAAAUUUGUAAAAUUUCUGCACAAAACUGCUUACGCAUUUUCAGAAAGCGCAUAAGUACUUCGAAUUCAUACUACCCUCUUGCGUAUGAUUUAUUUUAAUUAUUCGAUAUGAGAUUUUGUUAAUAAUUUAGGAAACUAUGGUAUUUUCUGAUAGAGCACAGAUCGAGGAAACAAUUGUGGUUAACAGUUUUUCCAAAAUAAAUUCAUUGGAGCGCACAAUAUUGCCCGAAAAAUAACUUGCACAGAGUCCCAAGGAAACUCUGCAAUAAUACUUUUCUAUGCUAGAUUUUUUGUUUUAAUGAAUUAAUUACCUACAACUUUAGGCCUAAUUUAAAUCCUUAAUAUCUCCUCUUUCAAAAGUUGUGAGGGUUCUCCAUAUCUGCCAAUAAAUCUUAUAACAUAUGCUACUUGUGGCACUUGCGCAUUUUCCGCAAUUAUCGGUACAAUUUUGAGUAAAGUAUUUCCAUCAGUUUUCACAUGCAGAUUUGGGGAAUUUUAACAUAUUUUGGAGAACCAGAGGCUAGACAAUAACAACUGGACCACCAUUUGUCAAUUUGAAGUCGUUGAGGCGAAAAAAUUGCCCAAGAAAUUAGUAACCGAAGGCCAUACGAAGACCUCCAAGAUUUUAACAUUCUUUUGACGUUUUGUAGGUUUCAUUAACUGGGUUUCAAAAAAGUUUAUGGCCGAAGUGGUUGCUCAAAGAGUCCUCUUCAAGAUUAAAGUGGAGUUACACUGGUGCAUAAAGAAAUCCCGGGAAAACUGAUCCCAGAGUACUUGCGCAAAAAUUGAAAAUCCAGAGUUUUUCCUAAAUUUAAAAUUUCUGUUUUUCUUUUUGGCUUUUUUGUGUUUUUGGCAAAACGCUUUAUUUUUGAGAUGCAAUGAGGGGUCCUCUCCCGAAAUUUGUAAAAGUUAAUCACGGGUACAGGCAAAAUUGAUCAAAUUUGUCCGCUGGAGUAUUUGCGCAAUUUUGGAAAAUUUAAUUGCAAAUAUUCUAUGACGAUCUUAUAUUGGCUUCGCCUGCACCUUCGCAUAUCUUUAAAGAGUAUUGGGUAGAGAAACACAUAUGAAGUUUAGGUUCCCAAUAUCAAUAAUUUGGAGCAAAAUUCUAGACCGAGAAAUAUCUGCCUAAAAUUGAUAAGAGAAGUUAUAAGAGCUUCGAUGUGCAAUGAGCUAUUUUUAUGGUUCAAUGAAUUGAUUUUGGAAAUCUUUGAAUUGCAAAUGGUUACUUAAAGGAUCGCCUUUAAAAAUAUAUGUUUGUCUUCGACAUGUGCUACCAUAACCUCCGACAGUGGGUUAUAAUAUACUUGCGAAAAAUUCAAAAUUUAGCAAUUUUUCCUAAGUCGGACUAUUUCAAUUAUAUUUUAUUGAAUUUUUAUUAGUUCUGACUACAUCUCAACAUAUUUUGGAAGGGUAUUGGAUAGAGAAACACACAGGAAAUAAAAUUUUCCAUUAUUAAUAAACUGGAGCAACAAAUCUUGACCGGGAAUUAUCCGCCUAAGAGCAUAAGAAUAAUUGUAAGGUUUUGACAUUCAAUGGGCAAUUUUUAUGGUUCAAUGAAUUGAUUUAAGAAAACUUUACAUUGAAAAUUUUUACUUAAAGUACCCGCCUUAAAAAUAUAACAGUGUUUCCGAGAAGUUAAACCAAACCCCUGGACAGUAGGUCAGAGAGUACUUGCGCAAAAUCCAAAAUUUGGAAAUUUUCUAAAAUCCUGAUUUUCAUGUUAUUUAUAUAAUUCUUGAGAGCACUUAAGCUGAAAUUGUUUGUUUAAAGUGUCCCCUUUUGAAAUAUAUUUAAGUUGUCUAUGUGUUUGACCAAAUAUCGGAAAAAUGCCACCAAUAGUACUUGCGCAAAAUUUGAAAAUAUAGGAAAAUCUUUUGAAAUAAUUUUUAUUCUCUAUCUUCUUUGUAAUUUGGUUUCUUUUUCCGUUACAUAAAUUAUUUAUUGGGGAAAAUAAAACCAAAUGUGUGUCCAAGGUUAUUUUCUCUUCGAAAUUUAUAGAAAUUUUUUAAAUGUUCAGACACAAGCAAUGAAAGUUGAAUAUAUUCCUCCCAUCGAUAUUUUCGAAACAAGACUUGGCAAUUUAUCACUUUCAUUUAAAAUUUUCAAUUUGUCAUUUAAUUUAGCUAUCGAAAUAACCAUUUUUCUCUUAUGGUAUGGGGGUGCGUAUAAGUAUUUUUAAUUCCCAAGACCACAUGGCGUGUGACUUAUAUUCUCUCAUUUGUGUUUUUAUUACUCAUACGCUCCAAAGUUUAUAUAGAUACAUUUAUUUUGUGUUUCUGACAACAAAUUGAGUUUCAAAAAUUUGAAUUUUGUUUUUAAUACCUAAUUUAAAUAACUUUAAAAAUUGUAUUGACAUUUUCUAUGAGUGCAGCCAAAGUUUAAAUGUAAAAUUAAAUAUAAUGUGCUAAGAAAAAAUAUUAAAAAAAAAUAUUUGCAAAUUAUUUUUUAGAAGAAGUAAAGGGAAUUUUCGGAACGUCUUCGAGGCCAAUAAAAAAAACUUCUUAAAAAAUUGCAAAAAAAAUUACUUUCAAGAAAAAAAGCUUACGUUAAGAAAAUUUCCCACUUUCUUUGCCUUCAUCUUAAAUGUGAGUCAACAAACUUUAUGAAUUAUUUUAAUUUUCUUCGUUUUUUAGAAUCUAUAGCUUACUAUAUGGCUUGUGUAAAUAGUUAGCUUUAAUUUGAAUACGAUUUAAAUAAGUAUUUUUAUUCUCAGCUGAGUCCUCUCUGAAUUAAUGCUUACAAAUUAAGUUUUAUUUUUUAAACAAUAAGCAACGAAAAUAAUAUAUUGUUAAUAAUUUGCUCAUAAAUAUUUUUAUUGACUAAUUUAGUAGAGAUACAUAUUUUGUAGAAUUAUGAUUUUUAAGUUAUAAAAGCUUUAUAUGUGCCCAUUAAAUAUUAUUUUUAAUUUAAGAAAAAAUAUAUUUUUUUUUAACAAAAAGAAAGAAAAACAGAAAAAGAA